AUGUCUCGACCCCGCGGUUUUCAAGAUGAGGAACUCUUCAUUAGCAGACCUCGUCCUUCGGAUGAAGAUUGCGACAGUCCCACCGUUGAGCCUCUGAGAAUUUUCAAGCCCAUGAGCCCGAAACCACCAGGUGCCGCCGAUAAGGCAUCUUACAGCAAAUACCCCGCCCCGCCAACAUCGUCAUCGGCAGCCUCAGCCUCAGCUUCCAUCGCCCCUUUACCCGGCCUCCCGGGCCUACCUCCGUUGCCAUCCUUCCCUCUCCCGCCCGGAGCUUCGAGUUCGGCCGCCCCUCUCCCGUACCCGGACGACGACCUCUCUUCUCGACCUACACAGCAGGCCUCCAAGCCAGCCCGAGCCCCAUACCCCGUCGAUGAUGUGCGCAGGCCAUCUCCGGCUUCAAGCACUGGGCGCAUCUAUAGCCCUCCUCCGAUCUCCUCGACCCCUCAGCUACACAAUGAUUCCAGCCCGCGGUUGAACAUAAGUCCCAUCGAGAAGAAGCCUGGUUUGGCAGAUAGGCGCGGAGCUGUUCCCAAGCCUCUACAGAGUCCCGAUAGUCCCACUGGGGAUGACCUGUUUGCGAAGCCCUUGGGUCGACCUGUCCAGCAGCCAGCCCAGCAGCAAGCCCAGCAACAUCCUGCGCAGAGAAUCUCCAAUGCCUAUCAACAAAAGCCUUAUUACCCUCCUCCCGGAGGUGGCAACGUUCGCAAGAACUCGGAGCCUAGCAUUGCCCGUAUCUCUUCAACGGCUUCGACUUCGACCACGAGGGCUAGCCGUGGAUCGCCUCCUCCUCCCGAGACACCCAUUGUUGAGCCGGGUGUGAUUCCCGGAGGUGGCAUUGAGGCACGCUAUGCCGCUGCUGGUAUUUCGGGGACCGCAACCCUCACGAGUCUCCAGGCGCAAACUGCGCAGAGUGCGGCUGCUAAUGCGCGUUUGGCGCAAUAUGGUGGACAGAGACCUCCGUCUCAACCACCACAUAGCCAGCAUCCUGCCCUCGCUCAGUCCCAGCAGCAGCAACCUCAAGCACAGGCGCAACCACCUCGACCUUGGACUCCCACUGAGUCUCCGGAUCAACAACCGUUCGGGCCCCCUACCGUCUACCAAGGCGAUGCCGUUGCCCAGAACCCUCAGCCAGCGAGGCCCCAGCCCCAGCAGCAGAAUAGCUACAACCUUCCCAAGAACCCUGAGCCUGCUGGUAGCAAUGCGCCGGCUGGAUCUAGCCUCCAAGUGAGCGUUUUGGAGCAGGACUUCCAGCGCAUGCAGGCUUCUACUCCUCCUCCGGCUUACAGCAGUGUCACUCCGAAUGCCGCCUCCUCGGGCUACCCGGCCGAGAAACAACGGCCUACCCAGGCACAUCCGGCCACUGCCACUGCCACUGCCACUGCCAACAACAACAACAACAACAACAACAACAACAACAACAACAACAACAACAACAAUGCCACUCCGAACCCAACCUCCCGUCCGGCAACAGCUGCUUCUGGAAGCAGUAGGCCUGCGAACACUGCCUCUCCGGCUCCCUCUUCCUCCAUCCACAAGCCCAAGCCCGUUGCCGUCGCUGCUCCUCAGACGCCGGCUCAACAACACCCCGGACACCCGGCCUUUGCCAAUGAGCCCCAGCUUCAACACCCGGCUCAGGCUGCGCACAAUGUCGGACAUCCGGCCUUGCAGCACACGCCGUCUCUCAUGGCUUCGAGUCAGGCACCGCCGCCUUUGCCUGAGGGUUGGAUUGCCCAUCUUGACCAGAACUCGGGUCAGUACUACUACAUCCACCUAGCCACCCAGGCCACACAAUGGGAGUUCCCCAAGGGUCCCAACCCCAUUUCCCACGAGGCAGCUCCUCUGUCUCCCACGGCCUCAACCUACGGCAACCCCCUCGCCUCGCCUCUCCUCGGCGGCAAGGCAGGUCUAGCCUCUCCCAUGUUCCACCCCCAAACCCCAGGCUACGCCGAAAGCAUCAUGACCGUCGCCUCCGCCGCUCCCUCGGGCUUCACCGGCCCUCCCCCCUCCGCCGGCGUAGACAUGUACAAGAUCAUGCCCACCAACGGUGUCUAUUUCGGCCCCUACCUUCGCUACGUCAACAUGGAUCUGGAGAAGGGUAUCUGGCACGGCAGCAUCAUGAUCGUGACCGACGCGCCCCAGCCGCCCACCAUCCACAUCCACCUCAGCGUCGACUUGUCCCCGAACCCGCGCCAGCUAAUCCCCCACAACAUCUGGACGCACCAGCGCUGGGUCUUCUACAAGUACGACAUGGACCUGCAAAUGUCCGAACACGGCACCGAGCGCUGGACCUACGCCGUCACUUCCCACUUGGGGUGCACACGCUACGAGUUCAUCGUAGCUGGUCGGUACGAGACCGGGUGGCGAAUGAUUGCGCAUUCCGGGAAUGAUUUUGCUCCCAGCACAAACCAGAACGAGCGCGCCAAGUUGGGGGGUGUCGGGUUUAUGUGGAAGGACAUACUCCAGAAAAACGUCGAAUGCGGCGGCUUUCACGUCCAACUCGGGUUGGGAGACCAGAUCUACGGCGACCGUUUGUGGCGUGAGGUUCCCAUCCUCAAGCAAUGGCUUAGCAUCGCCGGAAGAGAAAACAGGAAAAACGUACCUUGGACGGCUCGCCACGAAGAAGACGUCACGCACGCUUACUUCCAUUAUUACACGAGCCACUUUGAUCAACCCUUCAUGCGCGAAGCGUUUGCGCAGAUCCCGCAUGUCUUGCAGAUUGACGACCAUGAUAUCUUUGACGGCUUUGGGAGCUAUCCGGAGUACAUGCAGUCGUCAGCCAUAUUCAAGAAUAUCGGUCGCAUAGCUAUCGAUAUGUAUUUGUUGUUCCAGCAUCAUACCACCGUUGAGAUGCUACGGAAUGUUUCUUCGGAUAUGGACCUCUUCACUAUCACCGGCGCGGGCUGGCACUUUGUCAAGUACCUCGGCCCUGCGGUAGUAGUCGUCGGUCCGGACUGUCGUUCCGAGCGCACCCAGACAAGAGUAAUGGCCGGUCCCACCUACCAAGGCUUAUUCCCCAAAGUCGCCAUGCUCCCACCUUCCGUCCAGCACUGCAUAUGGAUGCUUUCCGUGCCCGUGGUCUACCCGAGGUUGGAAACCGUCGAGACGCUAGCCAACACCUUUGCCACGGGCAAGAAAGCCGUAAACAGCACUUAUAACUUGCUAGGCAAAGUGACAAGCUCGGUAGCGGGCGUGGUGGGAGGAAAAGAGGUGGUGGCGCAUGGGUUUAAGGAAGUCAAGAGGGCCGUGGGUAAGAGUGGAUUGAUGGGUAAUGUCCUCAAUCAGUUUGGCGAGUUCGAUAUUGCGGAGGAACUUAAGGAUCUGUGGACGCAUGAGAGUAAAGAUCUGGAGAGGACGUACCUGAUUAGGACGUUGCAGGGGAUUGCGGCGCAGAAGGGAGUUCGGAUGACGUUUUUGAGUGGUGACGUCUCCUCAGCAGGCGCCGGCCUUCUCCACGACCCCUCCCACCCCUCCGACCACAAAACCAUGUACCAGCUAAUAACCUCGCCCAUCGUCGCCGCGCCCUGUUCCUCCUACCUGCUCAAAGCCCUCCACUCCGGCUCCAACAACAAACUAUUGUACGUGCCGCUAAACGGCCACAAAUCAACCCACGAAGUCUCCGACACCAAAGAAGACAUGAUGGAGAUCUUCCACACCGACGCUUCGGGAGCAGCGAGGGAGUACAAGAAACUCAUGGCGAGAAGGAAUUAUGUCGCUAUUGUGGCGUAUGAUCCUGAUGCGGCUGUUAAUGGGGGGAUGGGCGGGAGUAUGAUGAAUGGGCAAGGUGGUGGGGGGUAUGCGGCGAGUGUGCAUAGUGGUGGAAGUGGUGGAAACGGGGGUGGAUUGAAUAAGUUGAGUUUGGCGGUGGAUUUUGUGGUUCAGGGUGAUGGAGCGUUUACGGCUACUACCAAGUAUGGGCCGGUUAUUGUGCCGCAUUUGGAGUAUGGGCAUUAG